ACGCGGGUAACUGUCAUCUGUGGAAGGCGCGAGGGUACUUGUUGCCGGGUCGGCUCACGAGGGUUAACUGGAUUCUACGUCUUAUUCUUUUCGAAUUAUUCUUGCAUCAAGUUUACUGACGUACGGAAACGGCACGAUGUUCGAGGCACGGCUGACGCAGAGCGCGAUCUUAAAGAAGGUGUUGGACGCGGUGAAGGACCUCCUGUCUGAGGCGACGUUCGAGUGCUCGGACUCGGGGAUUCAGGUCCAGGCGAUGGACAACGCGCACGUUUCCCUGGUCUCCUUGAAUCUCAGGAGUGACGGUUUCGACAAGUACCGUUGCGAUCGGAAUCUGUCGAUGGGCAUGAGUAUCAGUUGUAUGUCAAAGAUCCUGCGAUGUGCCGGUGCGGAGGACACGGUGACCCUCAGGGCGUGGGAUAGUCCCGAAUCUAUCGUUUUUAUAUUCGAGUCGCCAAACAAAGACAAACUGGCCGAGUAUGAGAUGAAGCUAAUUAAUAUGGAUCAGGAGCAUCUCGGCAUUCCCGAAACCUCGUAUUCGUGCGUCGUGAAAAUGCCGUCUGCAGAGUUCACCCGUAUCUGCAGGGACCUCAGCCAGUUCGGAGAAUCGAUAACGUUUGCUUGCACGAAGGAAGGCAUAAAAUUCAGCGCGUCUGGCGAUUAUGGUUCAGCCAACAUCAAAUUAGCACAGACUGCUGACGCGGAUAAUGAAGAGGAAGCAAUAAUUGUUAACAUGCAGGAACCAGUGAAGCUGACAUUUUCUUGUCGCUAUCUGAAUUGUUUUGUGAAGGCUGGUCCUCUUUGCAAUCAAGUUCAACUGUCCAUGUCCGACGACGUGCCUCUAGUAUGUGAAUACAAGAUCGGUGAUAUUGGACAUAUUAGAUAUUACCUGGCGCCCAAGAUCGAUGACGAGGAAGAAAAUUAAAGCGGUGAUAAAAGUGAAGCUCUUGGAAUGUACACUGAAUUGUUAAUCACUGGUACUGUGUUACAUUACUGAUUGCUUUGGAAGAUCCUGUCCAAUUAACGUCUGCUUUGACAUCGUGCUUAUUUCAAUAGAGAAAAAAAUUCAUUGGCUUGACAUCGUAAUUUUCAAGAGGACAGUACCAUAGAUAUAUUUUAGUAAUCGUGUAAUGAAAUCGUCCCGUUGUCCAAUAUUGAGGUACAAGUAAGGCAAAGUUAUAAAUACUUUUAAGAUAAUAUAUUAUUUUAAUUUUACAUUUAAAAGUUAUUUGGCUCGUCACAGUGCUAGCGCAUUGCAGAAUUGACUGACACUAAAAUUCAUAGUAGAGUGACACAAUAAUGAUUAGUAUAGCAAAAUGGUGUCAUCCUCUUAAUCAAUAUUCACAUUGUUACUGUUCCAGAGACUGUGACAGUAUUUUGAUAACAUCGCAUUGUUCGUUUUUUUUUUAUAUGUAAGAAGAACUCAAUAUAUUUCCAAAAAA